AUGCGCUCAUGUAAGUACAUCGAGGAGUCUCGCGACAGUGGCAGUGGCAGCGGUUCUGAGGACACGUCCCUGGCUCCCCUCCCGGAGGGAAGCGGAGCUGGUGGAGCCAUCUACGGCGACAGGGGUCCUACGGGUACCGUCUGGGCCCAACAGCGCUCUGAGAGGCACUCAGUGGUAGACAAGAGCCGAUCCAACAGCGAGGCGGAGGGCGAGGAUGGGGCGGAGAUGACAGGUUCCCUCUCCGAUAGACAGGACCGGGAAGGGGGAGAGACACGCAGCCUCUCCGGAGAACAGCAGGUACAGAUGGAGGAACUUCAGCAGCGCCGUCACGGCCUGGAUUUCUCAGUCGGUGAGCGGCGCAGGAUGGUGGAGAGUCUCGCAGGGAGACAGCAGUCGUCUCACCUGUCCAAUCUUAGUCCGCUGGUGAGGACAGACUCUCCGUCUCUCAGUCGACAGAGGGGCUCAGCCAGCCUGGCCGCGACCAGUCCCGGGCGCGGGGCCGAGUAUCUGUUCCCCACCAGUCCUGCGGAGGUCCAGGACCUCUCGGCAGCCAGUUUGGGAAGGUCGAACGGUGGCUCCUCGACCAGUCCCAACCCAGAGAUCCCGGCGCCGGCAAGCCCGACCGGUGAGCCGGAGGACCUGUCGUCGGCCAGUCCAGGACGCGGACCCGAUGGACGGUUCGUCCGAACUCGGCCCGGAACGGAGGACGUCCUUCCGUCGGCCAGACUUGAGUCACGCACGACCCAGCAGCACAAGUUGGGCGGUGCGGAGCGCUGGGAAGGUGUCCCACCGUCAGCUAACUCCGCCAGACAAGAGUCCCAGAGCGGCGCGGGGGCCGCCAGCGGCAGAAGAGUGCCGCUCUGUUCCCGCUGCCGCAACCACGGAGUCAAGAACGAGCUGCGGGGCCACAAGGGACUCUGCAACUUCAAAGACUGCACUUGCUCCAGGUGUGUGCUGGUGCGGGAGCGUCAGGCCAUCAUGGCUCGUCAGGUGGCGCUGACCCGAGUGCAGCAGCAGCAGGAGCGCUCCGGCAAGGUGAUGCUGACGCCGCCUGUGAAUGUGCCAACCACCAGCCGUCCGGAGACGUCGGGGGAUGGAGAGGGCGGUCCGGCCGGCCCGCAGCCCGCGCAGACAGGUAACGGGGCAUGA